CCCCCCCUCACGGAAAACUGUGGUAACUGUGGUGUACAGCUGCAGAGAUGCGCGACACGGAAAAACAAGGAGAAACGAGGGAAAUGGAACGACAUCACAGGGAAGAAAAGUAACCACUGCAAAUAAAUCAUCUGAGAUGCUACGAGAUACCGAGAAACGCCGUCUUCUCUGCGCACUUUGGACGUAAAAACGCGGAGAGGGCUCGGGUCGUACAUUGAUCCGAAUACAGUGGACGGGAGGGGUCGAUCAUGGGGAACGAAGCGAGCUUGGAAGGAGGCGAAGGGCCGCCGUCUGGGCUACCAGAGGGGCUGGCACCUGACGGGAAGGGCGGCUUCGUCCGGGUCUCCGAUGGGACACCGGUCAACCUGAGUGAACUCAGCGAGGAGCAGAGGAGGCAGCUCGCCGCGGCGAUGUCAAGGGCGCAAGCCAGGCAGCCCGGAGGCGCAGCAGCUGCACGAAGACCAUCAGAAUCUGAUACCCAUCAGCGUUCCCAGCAGGUAGGGGCCUCCAGGGGCCCUACAGGUCUCAGUAAGAGUCGUACUGUAGACGCCUUCAACCAGGGUCCACCUGGCAAGCCCACACCGGGCCGCAGCCCCUCAUCCCUCAGCCUUUUUGAAUCCAGAUUCCGGCAGGAGCCAAAAGACCCAGAGACCAAGUCAUCCAGCAUGUUUGGCUCCAGCUUCAUGUCAUCUAUGACCUCUGUCUCCUCCUCCAUAUCCUCCAUGGGGGAUUCUGUCAACAUCCCCAAGUUUGGACUAUUUGGGGAUGAGGAGGAGGGAGAUGCAUCUGCAACACUUGUGUCCAAGCAGGGAGGAAAGCCACCAGGCAAGGGCCCUCAGCAAGGGCCAGGUCCAAAGGGACCACAACAGGGAGGACCUCAGAAACAGGGUCAGGGCCCUCCUGGACAGGGGCCAAAACCAGGGCAAGGACCCCCUGGUCAGGGACCCAGGCAAGGACAGGGACCACCAGGCCAGGGACCAAAAUCUGGCCAGGGUCCUCCUGGCCAGGGACCCCCUGGGCAGGCCCCCAGGCAAGGACAGGGACCACCAGGCCAGGGGCCAAAAUCUGGCCAGGGUCCUCCUGGCCAAGGACCCCCUGGGCAGGCCCCAAGGCAAAGUCAAGGUCCACCAGGCCAAGGACCCCCAGGGCAACAGGCCCCCAAACCAGGUCAAGGACCACCAGGUCAAGGUGCCAUACAGAGUGGCCCUCCCCAGCAAAAAGGUGGACCCCCUCAGCAAGGACCUGGGAAGCCUGGACCCAAACAGCAAGGGCCACCAGGCCCUGGGGCUCAUCCUGUAGAGCCAGCUAAGAGCGGCGGGCCUCCUGGUCAGCAGGGGGCUGGAAAACCUGGAGCAGGACUCUGUCCACUGUGUAAGACCACCCAGCUAAACAUUGGGUCAAAGGACCCCCCUAAUUACAACAACUGCACUGAGUGUAAGAACCAGGUCUGCAGCCUCUGCGGGUUCAGCCCCCCAGACUCAGCGGGUAAAGAGUGGCUAUGUCUGAACUGCCAGAUGCAGCGAGCGAUGGGAGGUAUGGAUCCCCCUGGAAUGACAAAGCCCAAACAAGGCUCAGCCCCGCCCUCACCCCAGAGACAGGCAUCUGGCAAGCCUGGCAAGCUGCUGAUAAAGCAACAGAGUACCACCGACCAAGGUUUAACGCCGCCAACCACACCGAGGCAGAAAUCCCCAGGUCCUACCUCUCCUGGGCCGCUUUCCCCUGGCUCCUCAUUGGGAGGAUCCCCCAAGAUUGACCCCAAGACGGGCCGCCCCAUUCAGCCGAAGUCCAGUCCCCAGCAGUCUCCAUCUAAAGCCAAACAGGAGUCCAGCUUCUUUGGGGGAUUUGGAGGUAUCAGUCUGGGAAGCUUGACAGACACAGCCAAACCUCCUGCGGCUGCUUCACAAGCUGCCGAGUCUGUUACAGGGAAACUGUUUGGUGGGUUUGGCGGUUUGAUGGAAUCAUCGAAGCCUCAAGCACAGGCCGCACCAAAGCAGGAGGAGUCAGUAGCUGGGAAGUUGUUUGGCGGUUUUGGAGGGUUGACAGAAACCGCAAAACCUCCAGCUGCUGCUUCUCAAAUGUUCAGCUUUGGAUCAUCACUCUUGAGUUCAGCCUCUAAUCUUGUCUCUGGAGAGGAUGAGAAGGCAGCAGGUUCUCCACCUGGGUCACCCCUAGACUCUGGACCAGGUUCUCCUGCAGAUUCUGGCCCCGGCUCACCACCUGACUCCCCCUUCUCUCUUCCUGGGUCUCCUCCUGAUUCGGACUCUGCUCCUGACACUCCAACCAAGUCCAAGAAACCCCCCAGAACCAUUUCUGUGGAACAGGAAGAGAAGGUGCCAGCAGCCAAACCUGGACCUGCCCCAGCCUCAACAACCAAGGAAAGCUGCCCUCUCUGUAAUGUGGAGCUGAACAUCGGCUCAGCAGACACGCCCAACUACAGCUUCUGCACCGAAUGCGAGAAGACAGUUUGCAAUCUUUGUGGAUUUAAUCCUACUCCCCAUUUAGGAGAGAAAGAAUGGCUCUGCCUCAACUGUCAGACCCAAAGAGCCAUGUCUGGCCAGCUGGGAGACAUGCCAACUCCAGCCAUGGCUUCCCCAAAGAAGCAACCAGCUGCUCCUGCUCCCUCUUCCACCCCUGCCCCUGCUGCUCUAGAUAGCAAACCUGUAGUAGAAGCAGCAGACCUAACCCCACCAGCUCCUGAUACCAAGGUAGUCCCAGAAACCAUUGCCACACCUGAGAGUGGAUUAAUUUCCUCUCAUCAUGAUUCCCCUCUUUCUAUCCCUGCCCCUCCUCCUGAUAGCACCCCUCAGGAAACAGCACAGUCACAAGAACAAAAACAACCACUGCUAGCUGAACCGCUGACUGAGCCUGUAAUUCACCAUGAACAACAAGCUCCAAUUUCUGACAGUGUUGCUGAGAGUGUCCCUGCAUUCCCAGCAGUUGAGCAAAAGCAGAACAGCUCUGAGAAAAUAGCAGAGAACCAUCCUCACUCUGACACAGAGCCAUCUAAUGUUGAGCAACAAGCACAGAGUGCACCUGUCAGUAGUAUCCCAGCAGGUCUACAACAGAGUAGCUCCGAGAAUGCGACAGAGGACCUUUCUCCCUCUGUGGAAAGUGAGAUGCAAAAUCUAUUGAUUAAUACAGGUUUAGACAAGACAACUGUCCCUGCUGAUGUAGAAACAGAGCCAAAUCCCAAGAUUACUAAGAGUGAGACUGCAGCUUCCCUGACAGAUUAUGAGAAAGUAGAGCACGUUCCAGAAAAUCUUCCAGAAUUGACAAGUAAUUCAGUUGAGCCAAAACUUGCCUUGAUCAGAGAAGCAGUCUCACAGGAAGUUCCUGUUCAGCUUGAUCCAAAGCCAGAUUCCUCAGCUCCAAAUGUAAAAGAGGUCGGUUUACCUAAGCCAAUUGAGGAACCCCAGAUAGAUGAAGCUGCUCCAGCAGGUCAAACUCCAUCAGAUACAAUAGACACAGCUUUUAAUGUGGAGCAAACUGACAUAACUACAAAACCAGAGGCCGAUGGUGUAGAACCUGAUGUCAAGAAUGAAGUUACGGCAGAAAUAAAGGUAGAACCAGAACCUAUAAUAGAAAAGCCAGUAUUCGGAAUAACUGCUCCUUCUGCAGUUGGGGUUGCAGAAAAUGUAGCACCUAUUGACAAUGUUGAGGUCCCUAAAUCUGACGAGACCCAGCAAGAAUUAAAACCAGAGGCAGCAAAAUGUGUAGAAUCUCCUCCUGAUAGCACCCCUCAGGAAACACCACAGUCACAAGAACAAAAACAACCACUGCUAGCUGAACCGCUGACUGAGCCUGUAAUUCACCAUGAACAACAAGCUCCAAUUUCUGACAGUGUUGCUGAGAGUGUCCCUGCAUUCCCAGCAGUUGAGCAAAAGCAGAAAAGCUCUGAGAAAAUAGCAGAGAACCAUCCUCACUCUGACACAGAGCCAUCUAAUGUUGAGCAACAAGCACAGAGUGCACCUGUCAGUAGUAUCCCAGCAGGUCUACAACAGAGUAGCUCUGAGAAUGCGACAGAGGACCUUUCUCCCUCUGUGGAAAGUGAGAUGCAAAAUCUAUUGAUUAAUACAGUUUUAGACAAGACAACUGUCCCUGCUGAUGUAGAAACAGAGCCAAAUCCCAAGAUUACUAAGAGUGAGACUGCAGCUUCCCUGACAGAUUAUGAGAAAGUAGAGCACGUUCCAGAAAAUCUUCCAGAAUUGACAAGUAAUUCAGUUGAGCCAAAACCUGCCUUGAUCAGAGAAGCAGUCUCACAGGAAGUUCCUGUUCAGCUUGAUCCAAAGCCAGAUUCCUCAGCUCCAAAUGUAAAAGAGGUCGGUUUACCUAAGCCAAUUGAGGAACCCCAGAUAGAUGAAGCUGCUCCAGCAGGUCAAACUCCAUCAGAUACAAUAGACACAGCUUUUAAUGUGGAGCAAACUGACAUAACUACAAAACCAGAGGCCGAUGGUGUAGAACCUGAUGUCAAGAAUGAAGUUACAGCAGAAAUAAAGGUAGAACCAGAACCUAUAAUAGAAAAGCCAGUAUUUGGAAUAACUGCUCCUUCUGCAGUUGGGGUUGCAGAAAAUGUAGCACCUAUUGACAAUGUUGAGGUCCCUAAAUCUGACGAGACCCGGCAAGAAUUAAAACCAGAGGCAGCAAAAUGUGUAGAAUCUGAAAGUUCCUUAAUAGUGUCAGAUAACAAACAUCCUGUAUUACCUUCAGAGGAGGAAAGUCAUCCUAAUAAAGUAGGAAAUGAACCAAUAGGUAAAGAGGAGGAGCCUACUCCACCUGACCCAGCAGAUAAGUCAGCUCAUGUUGCUCCAGUUGAAGGAGAAACCAAAGCUCUAGAGGAAGCAAAAGAGGAGAACACUGUUGAGAAUAACGUUUUUGAAAAGGUUCUUAUUGAAGAGGCAGCUAAGCAGAAAAUACGUGAUGAGCUAUCAGUUGAGAUGGAAACAGUGAAGGACACUGCUGAAGAAAAAAGUAAUGAGGAAAAAGCUGUUGAAAAAGAAACCAUUGAGGAGAGAGCUAUUGAGAAGGAAUUGAUUGAGAAUAAAACACUUAAUGUCAAAGCCUUUGAAGAGGAGGUAGUUCAAAUGAAUGCAGCUAUUGCAGAGUCGGUUAUUGAAGUAAAAGCUGACGAAGGGAAAUCUUUUGAAGAAGAGGCAACUAAACAGAAAACAGUUGAGAAGGCAAAUGAUCAGAAAUCUCUAGAGGAGAAAGUUGCUAAAGCUGAAUCAAGUCCAGCACCCUCCGCUACAGACACAGAUGUUUGUCCUGCAAUAGACAAAAAAGAAUCAGAAACAGCAAGAGAGCCAACUCCAACUGUUGCUGAUGAAAUCCCGAAAGAAGAGAUACCAAUACACAAAGAGAUAGAACCAGAAACAAAGUACGAGCCAUCACCUGCUGAGAGAAGCCUUGUUGAGACAGCAUCAUUGCCAGAGGAGUCAGAGGAAAAAGAAAAACCUAUUGUCGACGCAGGGAGUGUAGCAUACAAAGAAGAAAAACUGAUACCUAUAGAUACAGUGUUAAAAGUAGAUAAUAAAUCUGAGGUUACCUCUGUUUCCCCAACUCCUGAUUCUAAAGAGCAAGAAAAGGUCAAUGUAAAGGAAUCAAUGCAAAGUGUAGAGAUGGUGUCAUCCUCAGCUCUCAUUAGUGAGACACAAGUCAGAGAUGAAGCCUGCGAGGAGAAACUCAUUCAGGAUGGGACAGAAGACAGUUCACAAAAUACUUACAGUAUUGCUGAAAAUCAACAUGAAGUAGAGAGGGAGACGUUAGCUCUGACAGGCAGUGAUGAGAAACCGCUCGAGAAAGUUGCAGAGCAAAAGCUGUUAAUCAAAGAGAAGGAAGGAAAACUUGACAAAAAAGAGGGUGAGUCACAACCUGUUGCUGGCAAUAUCCAGGAUCUUAUUUCAGUGUCAGAAACAAGCACAGUCUGUGACAAAGAUGGCACUGCAGAGUGUGAUGUAGGAAAGAAUACAAUUUUAAAGAAGGAUGAAGUAUCAGAUACAGCUUUUGAAAAUGGAGGUGUGUCUGUAUCAGUAGCUCCAGUCUCUGUAGUAGAACCCAAAAUCCCAGUGUCUGUAGUUAGUGAGCAGGACAAAGGCCCAAAGGAGGAGAACACUAACAUGGAGGAGAAAAAGGAGGCUGAGGCUCAGCCUCUGGAAAAGUCCAGUGGUGAUGAUGCUGAGGUGAAAACAGUGGAGACCUUGAAAGAGCCUGGAGAGAAAGAAAUGGCUGCCAAGGACAGCAGUCCCACCAGCCCAUCAGACCUAGCCAAGCUGGAAAGCACAGUCCUUCCCAUUCUUGAGGCCAAGGCAAGCACGCAACCAAAGGAUAAUGAGGAGAAACUAACAGACACUCUAAAGACCAGACGUAAAUUAGAGGUGCUUCCUCUCUCACCUGACUCACCCAGCUCAGAAGAUGACAGAGAACUUUCUGAGAAGAACACCAAAUGUACCACAAAGAAAAAGCUCCUUGUGCCCAUGGAUGUCAGGGCAGAUUCCCUGGAUGAUAGCAGUGAAAGCUUUGGAAAGGAAAGCCCAAUGUCUGGGGAUGAUGAGGAAUUUAUCCGAAAACAGAUAAUGGAAAUGAGUGAGAAUGAGGAUGCUUCCCCGUCUGAUGAGGAAAACCUAAUCCGACGCAAGAUCAGAGAGAAUGAGAAGAAACAAAUGCAACAGAAGACAACAGAGGUUGUUGAGAGGAGUAUAUCAGGAAAAGCCAGGCGACUUACCAAAAAAAGCACUAUAAGUCCAGAUGAUGAAGAAGAUAAGCAACUCCGUGGCUCAAUGGAUAAACCUGAUAUAGACAAAGAGGAGGGACAAGAACCAAAAGAAGAGGAGCAUCAGAGUGGUACUGGAGUUCGCAAAUUCCAAACUAUGGAGCUGAAUUCAACCAGCAGCCCUAUGCGUAUACCUACUGAUGAUGGAGAGCCUGAAAUGGAAAGCCUUACAGACUCUCCAGAUGACCGGUCAAGAGGUGAGGGGUCAUCCAGUCUACAUGCAUCCAGCUUCACUCCUGGGACAUCCCCAACAUCUGUCUCAUCCCUGGAUGAAGACAGUGACAGUAGUAGUCCCAGCCAUAUCCGUUCUGGUGAAGGUAAACAACACAGGAAAGCCAAACACAGACAACCUGGUCAAACGCUGCCAACUAUUGAAGACUCUUCUGAGGAAGAAGAGUUACGAGAAGAAGAGGAGCUGCUCAGGGAGCAAGAAAAACAAAAGGGUUCGGGCAAAAAAUCCAAGAAAGACAAAGAAGAGAUUCGAGCCCAGAGAAGGCGAGAGCGUCCAAAAUCACCACCAAGCAACCUUUCCCCCAUUGAAGAUGCCUCACCAACUGAGGAACUUAGGCAAGAGAUUGAGAUGGAAGAAAUCAGACGAUCAUCCUGCUCGGAUUUCUCCCCCAGUAUUGAAUCCGAUUCUGAAGGAUUUGAAAUCCAUCCUGCAAAGAUCGCAGCAGUUCAGAAAACCUAUCAACUGCCUGUAUCAGUAUCUCUUCACUCUCCAACAGAUGAUCAAAAUACUGAUAAACGGCAGAAAAAAUCUCUCAAAUCUGCUGAUGAGGCUUAUGAGGAAAUAAUGCUGAGGGCUAAGUCUCCAACACUUGACAAAGGCAAGAUACAACUGGAAAAAGAGUCCCUUUAUGGAGGCAUGCUUAUUGAAGACUAUGCCUAUGGAUCUCUUAUUGACAAUUCAACAGAUAAUCUGGGGGAGCCAGAGAAGAUUGUUGUUCCUGUCCAGCCCAAGACGCUCAGAUCACCAGAUGAAGUUUAUGAAGAUAUGAUAAAGAAGAGGAAGGAGUUCAUGCAGCUGGAGCAGGAAUAUCAAAAUAUUCAGCCAAAAAAGGAGAGCACUAACCCAGAAAUUGUGUUGCAACCUGCUGAGAAUAUCUUCCCUAAACACAGCAUAGUAACAUUAGGCAAAGAUGGAAAGCCAUUGUUGGAUGCUGAAACUGCAUAUGAAGAGCUAAUUAAAAGAGUGCUGACUCCUGGAACAAGUCCAACUCAGCAGGCACCAGAAACAGAAGCCAAUGCAUCUAGAAGGGCACUCCACCCCAUUCCAGACUUAAAGGUGACGCAGUGCUCUUCAGGAGAGUUGUCUUCUGAUGACGAGAAUAUGAUUAAAAAGGAAGCAGAUACAACUGCAGUGUCAGACACAACAUUACCUAUGGAAACUGAGCAUGUGACAGUGUUUUCCGAGUCCCCUCCAACAUCCACAUCAGAUCAGCAACCUCACACCACAAUUGCAGUAUCACAGGCUGAAGUUGUUGACUUAUCUAGUGCACUACCAAGAACAUCAGCCCCCGUAAUUGUAAGUGUUUCACCCUUGCCCACAGUCCCCCAGUACACACCCACUAUUCCCAGCGUAGUUUCAACUGCUCCACCUAUACCCCCCAAGCCAAGUGUCCUGCGUCGGGCUAAUUCUCAGGAAAAAGCAGAAGUACCUGUUGCACCACCACUGCCUCCUCCCACCCCACCAAAACCUACUGUUUUUCCCAGGAAAGCUCCAGUUCCACUUCCACCUCAGGCUUCAGCAACUCCAAUCAGGCCCGAGAUAGUGGCUAUGACUGCAGCCCAAGUACCACCUACAAGACAAACCGUUACCCCAAUGUACAAGCCUCAUGUUCCCCCUCCUGUUGCACCAAAGCCAUCCAUUAAUGCAGGGAUUGGGGAUAGCCACCGACCAGGACAUGGUGUCAAACCACCAAUUGCACCAAAGCCUGGCUCACAGCCUUCUUCACCUGCCCAUGCCUCACAUCUACCAAGACCCACUGUACUUCCCACUGGUCCUACUGACAUAGCCCUGAAUUUGAGCCCUUCCUCUGAGAGCAAGCUGUUUCAACCCGCACCAAAGUCCCCUUCUUCUCCAAGAUAUGCUAGCAAUCAUCGUGACACAUAUGUAGUCAUCACACUGCCAUCUCAGCCCAGCUCUCCAGUAGACAGUGUCUUAACUCAAGCUCCCUCAAGCCCUGGCCCAGUAUCUCCUUCACGCCAACCUCAGCCCCAAAGUUAUUACCAACCACAGCCGCAACCUCAAGCUUAUCCACAGCACCAUCCACAACCAAUCCCUCAUCAAACAACCAGGGUGCCUCUGGCAUAUACACGAGUCACAGAAUCCAUUGAAAGUCAAGAGAUUUGUGGCCCAGAAAAACAUGUAUCUAGUUCUUGUCACACAAUUGAGGCUGUAUCUGCCUCGGCACAGCCACCUAUGGUUAUGCCUAACCUGAUCUCUCAAGUGGUCACUACCGAAGUCCAAAGGACUACUGUCUCCGUUGUUCAUGAAAGAACACCACCACCAGUGCCAGCUCCAAGGGCAAAUGGUGUCCCAAUCUCGAUGGAGAAACCUAAGCCCCAAUGGCCAGGACAGAAUGGACAGGCUGUCCAACCUUCUGAGGUAGUAGAUCUUAGGACUGUGAAGGCAGACCCAGGAUCAACCGUGGAAGGUGUGGAUCUGUCCGCUGGCCCAGACUCAAGACGUCAGUCCUUUGCAACCGAUGUCAUUCGUCAGAACAGCGCAGUGCAGUCACCAGUGGUCAACCUCAGUGCUGAAUCAUCCACUGUUUCUAUAGUGACUGAUAGUAUCACCAUUGUGACCUGUGCUGCCACAAUCCAGCAAUGUGACAAUGUAGACACUGCUCAAGUAUCUUCAGUGCCCCUUCAGCUAACAAAAAACAAAGCAUUUGAGCCGGUUUCUCAAAUUAUAUAUCGGCCAAUUGAUUCUCAGCUUUCCAUUCAUGCUGGUACAGAGACCCCUAUUAACCUCUCAGUUGGAUCAAGCACAGGUGGAGGAACUUUCCAGACCACCCCUGUCACUGUUGCACCCACUUUUAUUGCAAGUUGUGUUGCCAAUGGAUUAAUGACGGGUACAACCACAGUGGCAGGAGCUGUUGACCUUAGCACAACUAAAUCAUUCAACACUAUGGUAUCAGUGGAUGCUACUUCUGCAGAAGUGGUCACAGCUGUAAUCGCAGAUGAUGAUGGCAAACCAGUGGAUCUGACUGCAGGAAAAAGAGCUGUAUGCUGUGAUGUUGUAUAUAAGCUCCCAUUUUCAGGAAUCUGCACUACUCAGCAACCUACCACACCCCUGCCUGAAGAUCGUUUUGGAUAUCGGGAUGACCAUUACCAGUAUGACCGAUCACCUUACGGCAUGAGAGGUUUUGGUGGAAUUAAACCAUCAAUGUCAGACACUAAUCUAGCAGAAGCUGGCCUGUUCUUUUACAAGAGUAAGAACAGCUAUAAUUUCAGUGGUACCACAGAGGGUGCAGUAGAUCUUACCUCAGCAAAGAUUUCUGAUGCAGGUGAAGCUGUUGACUACUCCAAGAAAGGGACUUACGCAGGAAUGACAAUUCCACCCUAUUCCCAAGCCAGAGUUACAAGUGCUGUCGGUACACUCUUUGGUACAAGCAGCGUCUUGAGGUCAUCAAAUGGGGUGGUCUAUUCCUCUGUCGCAGCACCAAUCCCAUCUACAUAUGCCAUUACUACCCAACCUGGGUCCAUCUUUAGUACAACAUACAACACUCUGUCAGGUAUGCAUACCAGCGACACCAUGCCUUCCCUGUCCAACCUCCAGAACUUGCCACUUACACGUUCCCACAGUUUCCUAUCUACCAUCUCCACUACUGCAACAGAAGAACAAGGAGAUGCCCCACUCAAUCUGGAGAUCUCUAGAGGGGGUAGUACUGCUGCUGUUGCCACAGCAACAAGCUCUUUAUCCCUUGACACCUACACUGAUGCAUCUCUGGAGGCCAUAGCUGCUUCACUUGAGGCUCUGUCUUCACCUUUGGUUCCUGGGGAUGGCCAAUAUCAGGCAGAGCGUGAGAGGCUAGAGAUGGAGAAACUCAAGCAACAGCACCUGGCUGAGGAAUUAGAGUGGGAGCGCCAGGAGAUUCAACGCUUCCGAGAGCAUGAACAGUUCUUGGUGCAGAAGGAACUAGAGGAGCUGCAAGCCAUGAAGCAGCAGAUCCUGAACCAACAAGAAGAGGAAAGACAGGCUCACCUUAUGAUGCAGAAAGAAACCUAUGCCCAGCAACAGCAGCAACUUGAGCAGAUUCAGAGACUCCAAGAGCAACUGCGCAUGCAACUGGAAGAGCAAAAGCUUCGUCAGCUGUACCCAGGUGGGGACAUACCAGGGCAUGGCGUGCAGGAGGCACUUGUCUUAGGACCUGAUGGCACAGUCCUGUCCCGAAAGAUCACAGAUAGUGGGUGCCAGACAGAUGAAGAGGAUGAGACAGUCAGCAAAGCCUACACAGCAGGGAGAAAAAAGAGAAGUACUAAAAAGAGUGUUGACAGUUGUGUGCAGACUGAUGAUGAGGAUCAAGAGGAAUGGGAGGCUCAGACCCGAAACCGACAAAGCCGGCCACGCACUGCCAGGGGUGAUAGGGGUGGGCAUUCAGAGAUCUCUCUUAAAGCCCAUACUGAGAUUUCUAUACAAACAGAUACAGAGGGGAACAUUAGAAUGGACACCAGGAUGGAGCUGUCUGACUCUGAAAGGACCUCACCAAAGAAAAGACCUAUCCCCUUAGAAAUAGGCCAAUCUCCGAACCUGAAAGUUGAUUCCUCUACGCUUCAAGCCCCUCCUAAAUCUCCGAACGUGCUUUUUUCUCCCAUAUCCCCCUGUAUAUCCCCUAGCAAAUCCCUUGAAUUUGUGUCCUAUGACAAAUCACUGGGUGAUACAAGCCCACAAAAGCUAAGAGGAAGUACCGAUCUAUCAAAAGUCUCUCCAGCAAGUCCAAGGGGAGCAAAAGCCAUGCAGAGAUCCAUGUCUGACCCUAAGCCCUUGAGUCCAACAGGAGAUGAAAGGGCAACAUCUGGCACCCAGCAUGGUGAAAGCUAUACUGUGAAAGACUCGGGUGGCACACCAACAGGCACUCAAAAGAAAGUGAAGAGGACUCUCCCCAAUCCACCGUCAGAGGAAGAGACAACAACGAGUGGCCAGACAGCAUACAGCACUGGUUCGGCCCGUCGAAGAAUGUGCCGCAAUUCCAACAUGGCACGUGCCAAGAUCUUACAAGACAUUGAUCGUGAGCUAGAUCUGGUGGAGCGUGAGUCAUCUAAGCUGCGCAAAAGACAAGCAGAGUUAGAUGAAGAGGAAAAAGAGAUUGAUGCCAAGCUUAGGUAUUUGGAGAUGGGCAUUAAUCGUAGAAAGGAUGUGCUACUGAAGGAGAGAGAAAAGAGGGAAAGGGCAUAUUUACAGAGUGUUGCCGAGGACAGAGACUACAUGUCAGACAGUGAGGUUAGUAACAUCCGAGAGACAAGAGGUGGGCGUGGAAGUGGAGAAGAUGAGGAGAUUGAAGGUCAUGGUCUUGAACGUCCCAGGACAGCUCCUCAGUCAGAAUUGGAUGACUUUGUCCCACCUGAAACCAAGCACGAGUAUGGAAAAUACUCCCAGUACCAAUACAAUCAAAACCAAUACCAGCAGUCUCUGUACCAGACUCCCCAGUCCUACCAAUCUCACUCCCUCUACUCCUCUGUCCCCUCGCUCACUAGCGCCCAGCAGCAAAGUUACCACCAGAUGCUCCUGUUGCAGCAGAAAGCUGCCAGACAAGCAGCUCUCCUCUCAGAGCUUGAUGCAACUAAAUAUGAAGUAAUUAGCCGCCAGCCUGAUCCCACAUCAUCAGCUUACCUGGGAGUCACUUAUGACAAAUAUGGCAACCACCUUGACCUCAGAGCCUUGGAGGUGGGAAGUAUAGCACGUAGCCCCAUGGCAGCUGUCUCUGAUUCUUAUUACACAGAUGUAGAUCACCAUACACCUCGGAGUUACAUGUUGCUGGAAGAUGCUGCAGAACUGGCUAAGGGCUCCACAGGUCUGUCUUCAUCUUACAGUCUGGCUGAGAGGGAGCUGGCCAAGGCAGAGAAGCUGCUGCGUAGAAGUGCUGCAGAUCUCGGGUCUACUGACUAUCUGGGAUCCACCUCGAGACUCCAUACUUUUGGAAAGACCCCUGAUGAAGACGAUACAAUGGAGGAACCCUACGAACUAAAACUCCUGAAGCAGCAGCUCAAGCAAGAGUUUAGGAGAAGUACGGGUGGGACAGAAAACUUAGAACAACUGACAGGCCUCUCCCAGCACUACUAUACCCCAAGCACUAGCAUAUCUAGUUACUCCCAAAGAAACUAUCCAAAGUCAGACAAGUACAGCAUCAGUCGACUUACUCUAGAGAAACAGGCGGCUAAAAAUCUCCCAGCAUCCAUGCUGUACCAAAAACAUAAGGCUCCAUUGUUAGAUCCUAAGAUCUCUUCCAAGUAUUCCUCUAUGACAGAUAACAGAGGUUUGGAGACAGACUAUACCAGCUAUCUUGGGACUACCAGUGCAUCGGUGAGAUCCAGCCGGCUCUCGCAAGAUGAGAUUACCUUCGGUCUUCGUAAGAAUAUUGCAGAGCAACAAAAAUACCUGGGAUCCACCUUGGGUGCCAACUUGGCUGGGUCGCUAAACUUGGGCCAGAGCUUAGGUUUGGACUCUGCCUAUCCUAGUGGUAGUCGCUCAAGACCCUCAUCCAGGCCCACAUCUUGCUAUGGCCUGGACUUGUCUAUCAAAAGAGAUCCAUCCAGCUCUUCACUGAGACUUAAAGGGGAUGGUGAAACAUCUGUAGAUGUACCAAGCUAUCAAACCCCAUCUGGUCGCACCAAACCCACCAGCCUCCCCAUUGUGCAAAGUGGCCGUGGCCGAAUACCCAUAGUGGCCCAGAACUCAGAGGAAGAGAGUCCAUUGAGCCCAGUUGGGCAGCCUAUGGGCAUGGCCCGUGCAUCAGCAGGACCUCUGCCACCCAUUUCAGCUGAUUCAAGGGAUCAGUUUGGUUCCUGCCUGUCCUUGCAGGACUCCCAGCAGCCGCAACAUAUCAGGGAAGAGCCAACCAGGGGUAGGGGUUAUGUGCUGCUGGAUGACCUGCAGGGCACCAUGUCAGAUAGUGAAGCACUAAGUGAUUCCCUGAUGGCUUUGAACAGAGACGAUGCAACCAAUGCCUACCACCUUAGACGAGAGGAGACAGACUGGUUUGACAAACCUAGAGACGGACGGUCAGAGAAUGGACAAGAGAAGAGACAGGGAAAAGGCCCAUACUACCCCUUCCCUCACCUCAGGGUCAAACUACAGAGGGAUCCCAAAGACCGCAGUGUCUCAGGAAAUGGUCUGGGUAUCCGUGUGGUUGGAGGAAAAGAGGUCCCAGGCAGUAAUGGAGACAUUGGAGCCUAUGUUGCCAAAGUCCUACCUGGAGGAGCUGCAGAACAAACAGGAAAGAUUCUCGAAGGAAUGCAAGUCCUGGAGUGGAAUGGUGUUCUUCUGACGGGGAAAACCUAUGAAGAGGUACAAGGGCUCGUCGGGCAGCCGUGCAAUGAAGCAGAAGUGUGUGUCAGACUUGAUCUCAACAUGCUGGCUGACUCUGACGGUUCUGACCACCUGGAUUUUCAAGAGCACGGCAAAGGUGACAGACCUCCCAGGUCUCCAGGUGUUGACCCCAAACAGCUGGCGGCUGAGCUGCAGAAGGUGUCCCAGCAGCAGGCUCCCACCUCCACCUCUUCCUCCGGUCUGCCCCCCACAACCUCGGCGACCUCCAGCCCCGCUCAGCCAGGAUCACCCUCCGUCAGCAAGAAACGCCACAGCAGCAAGACUGCAGAGGGAAUGAAGACCCAGUCCCACCCCAUCUCUGGAGAGAUAGAGCUUCAAAUCCACUACGACAAGCAGCUUGGCAACUUGAUCGUUCACGUCCUGAAGGCUAGAAACCUUGCCCCGCGGGACAACAAUGGCUACUCUGACCCGUUCGUUAAAGUGUAUCUCCUACCAGGGAGAGGUCAGGUCAUGGUUGUCCAGAAUGCCAGUGCUGAAAACAAGAGGAGGUCCAAACACGCAGGCAAGAGUCUCAACCCCGAGUGGAACCAGACUGUCAUCUAUAAAAACAUCCACCUGGAGCAACUGAGGAAGAAGACCCUGGAGGUGAGCGUGUGGGACUACGACAAGUGCUCCUCUAAUGAUUUCUUAGGAGAGGUCCUUAUUGACCUGUCCAACACAGCCCAGCUGGACAACGUCCCGCGGUGGCUUCUCCUGAAGGAGCAGAGCGAGGGGGACCAUCACCGGCGCUCCCACUCAGGCCAGGGCCGACACACUUCCUCUAAAGCCUCCUCACAGCACUCCUCCCCUAAAACCACUGGCUCCGCACAUGACAAUCAGGAUUCCCCAAAAUCAUCUGUCAUCAAGAGCCGAAGCCAUGGGAUCUUUCCAGAUCCAGCCAAGGACACGCAGGUGCCCACUAUCGAGAAAUCUCACAGUAGUCCUGGCACAUCGAAGCCUUCCCCGUCCGAGGGCCAGAGCCAAAGCCAAAGCCAAAGCCACGGACACAGCCAACACUCUCGCUCGCACGGCGCUUCACGCACCAGCAAAAGUGCCGCACGGCAACACCAUCAGGACAGCAGCACUGGAAGCGGCGGAGGCGCUGCCAUAGCAACGGGCGAUGCCCCACAGCAGUCACAGCAGCAGCCGCCUCAACGCCUCCAACCAAGCCAAAGAGGCCACCUCUCACUGAGGUACCAGAGACACAGCGUAGUGGGCGUGCUCACCAUUCAGAGAGCCCAGUCUGAUUGGCUACCUGCCCUGCCAGCGGCUGUGUCGGCCAAAGGGAGCAGAGCAGACGGCAGACACCUGACCCUCAGGAAAGCCGUGUCAGAAGAGAGGCCGCAGAGGACCGGAGCUCGGUCGAGCUACAGAUCCAGUGAUGCCCCGGUCACAGCAGCCUCAUUGGACAGCGGCCUGAGUGGCAGCGCCUACAGCCUAUUGGACGAAGAAGGAGAGACAAACGAGGUGGACAGUGCCAUCUUCCAAGUGCCCCGACUUGGAAAGAUCCCAAACGGCACAGACGUGAUGAAAUCAUCAAUGGGACAUGGUGACACUGAAGGUAAGUCCCAGGUAAUGGGGGAGAUAAAGAUUGCUCUGAAGAAGGAGAUUAAGACGGAGGGUGAGCAACUGGUCCUUGAGAUUCUUCAAUGUCGCAACAUCACCUACAAGUUCAAGACUCCAGACCACCUGCCUGAUCUUUAUGUGAAGCUCUAUGUGGUGAACAUCGCCACCCAGAAAAGGAUCAUCAAGAAGAAGACCAGAGUGUGUCGUCAUGACCGGGAGCCAUCUUUUAACGAAACUUUCCGCUUCUGUAUGAACCCCGCUGGACACUCUCUACAGCUGUUCCUGGUGUCCAAUGGUGGAAAGUUUGUAAAGAAGACCCUGAUAGGGGAGGCCUAUGUGUGGCUGGACAAAGUCGACCUACGCAAGCGAGUGGUGAGCUGGCACAAGCUUCUCACCAGCACCGCCCAGAUCCACUCAUAGAAGGAGACUCAAUCUGAAAAGAAAUAAGCUUGAGAGGGAAAGAAGAGGUUUCUGUCAUCUGGGGACACUUAGGUUCAUCAUCUGUAACACUGAUCCAGUCUUAUUUGGUAGGGGAGAGGGUGGUUUGGGUACGGGAGGGGGCAAAAUAUGUAUUUCUUUAAUCUUUCUUUCAGGGCUCAGAGUUUUUGAAGACGCUUAUGUUCGUUCUGAUGAUGAUUUCUGUCAUGCAGGAAGUUAGGAGGAAGUAGUAAUGCGUUUACAGGAAAUUAACACAAGUUUACAGGACGUACACAGUGUACAGUUAGUGUGGCCAGGGCUGAGGAGAACACAGGUGCUGAGUUCAGAGGUCAAGCGCGGAAUCAACCAGGUAUUACACACUUUAAUUCACAACACACACACACACACACACACACACAAUUAUUAACACAUUUGCACACUCAUUCACACAGAAGAGACAUUUUAAUUCUACAGGGAAUGGACACACUUGUGGAUUCUAAUUUAUUUAUUUAGAUGUUUUAUCCAUGAAAGAUUUUCCUCAUUGCUUUAUUAUGAGCGCAGAGUUUUAUUCAUUUACAAAGCAUUUUGGGAAUGAAAUAUUACAGACUCCGCUACGGAGACCUCAUAUUUAUUUUUGUAUUAUAAUAUUAGCGUUGAGUUCUAUCAUUUGUCUUCUCCUCAAUUAAUUAAGUACUUACAAAUCUAUCCUGGGAAGGCAACAUAGUAUAUUUUAUAACACACUACCUAGCAUUCCAGUUCGAAAAAAGAAAUCUCAGCAAGCAUGAAUUUAUUAACAAAAACAUCUCCUUGUUCACUUUGGACCCAAUCUUUUCUCUCCUUAAAUGUAAACUCAGUUCUAUGAAAUGACAAUUAUUGUUUGAUAAUGAUCAAUAUUGAUAUAUAUAUCAAAUUGGACACUAUAUAUUGUGAGUCUAUCUAUUUGGUGUGCAGUGUCACAUGUUCUGCACAAAAGAAAAUCACCUCUAAGGUUCACUUUGUAAAUAGUGAAGGGUCAUAGCUGGAAAGUAAUUAUAACAUAUAUAGAUAUAUAGAUAUCUUUAUCAUAGACAAUCGAGUCUUGAUGAGACAUAGAGGUUUUAUUUACCCAUGAUGCCCCUUAGAAUGUGAUACCUUUACCAUAUGAGAUUUAAAUAUUUCUUUUUUUUGUUGUGAGAUCCAGGCACAUUACGAGUCUUAUAUCAGUCCUGCUUUUUGGAGCAGCCACCUCAACAAUGCACGCUUUUGUGGUAUUUUGCACUUUUUUCUGCUUAGAUUGUAAAACUGACAUCAUCAUCCUGCUAAAAAAUGAGACAGCAAGAGAUUUUGUCUUUCCAGGGGGAGGAAGUAGAGAGUUAAAGUAAAAGCUAUGACAAAAUCAGGAGAUAUUAUAGCGAACAAAAGACAAAUGUGCCAGAAACCAUCCAUGAAAAAGCACUAUUACCAUUCUCAGAUACAUCAAUGCUAUUCCAGAAGCAUGUUGAUGUUUCUCCCAGCUUUUUGUCAUAUAUGUGUUGUCUUGAUAUUACCACUCAAUGUUGUGUCUUUAAAAGUCUACUCUGUCCAUUAUGUCUUGGAAAAGGUCAUUGUGUGUACUUAUACAGGGGUCAAGAGGCAGGACAGCUGGUUCAUUCAGCAUUUUUAGUCCAACUUAGCAGUGAAAGUUAAUAUCGGAGCGGUAUCUAUUCAACAUCUACUGUAAAAAGGUGGUAACUGCAUCUUGACUUGCCAGAAAUGUCAGCGGAGAGAAAACAUUUGUAUUGAUUUUUCUUUUGCACUGUUGUGUUUUAAUGUCCUCCAUGAACUAUUUUAUUGCAUCAAUAUGAUUUAGUUUAGUUUAAAAUUUUAUUUUUUUUAUUGCUAUAUGAAACUUUAUUUAUUGCCUGUGAGACUAAUUCAUAUGUUGUAUUAUAUUUGUUUACAGUACAUAGGUGUACAUAAAAAUAAGUUGAGGUAUUUUGUUUUUCUACACAACGUAGUGCUUGUUUACAAGGUUAAGACGGCCUAAAACUCAGAGAACCAACUUUCACUAACACACUCUCACAUACGAAAAUUAACAUGCAUGGAUCCUAAAUUUCACAUAGUUUACGAUAAGAAAAAGCAACAACAUGUCUAUUCAAAUGAUUCCCAUCUUUUUAUGCAUUCCCGCAUUGAAUAGUUUAAUUUUCCAGUAUGUGUAUGAGAAAUCACCAAAAAAGACAACAUUUUAAUCAAUGGACUUUAUACCUGAAAUGAGUCGUUUUAUGGUCAGUGUGUGUUUUUUUUUGUUUUUCUUAUUUUUAUACCCAUGUGCUUGUGUGUAGCAUCUUCAUGCCAAGUCCAUGCAUGCCAUUGGCUCUAAUGCAUAUCUCUUCUUUUAAGUGUUGUCUGUCUAAAAAUAUUGACUUUAAAAUCUCUCGUAAUACACAAAGAAUUACACGCUCUCACACACACACGCACGCACACACACACACACACACACACGCACAGACACAGACACAUGCUAUCUCUCUAGUUCCAACCUUGUAAAUACAUAGCUUUUUAUACUGGGGUUUGGGGAGCAAUAGGUCUUUUAGCAGAUAAAAAAGGGUGUGUGUGAUGAUCAUAGAAGUAAAAGGGAAGUUGUUUUUCUCUCGAUCAAUGUACAGUGGAUGGACUGAGAAACAACCUUACGUCUGUCUAUAGGGACCCAGAUUUACUCGACCCUUUACACCAAACACUUAAGGUUUACCAGAGUCUAUCUACACAGAAGUCUAUCUUAACAACUCAAGCAGUUGCAGGAGAAUUUAAAUGUGCUCACACUGGAUGUUGCAUGUUUUGUUGGUGGUUCAUACUAUUUUUGUGUCCAGAUAUUGUUGAAGAAAAAAAUCUGAAUGAGGUAGAGAAAGAUAUAGAAGAAAAAUAGACUUAUAGAGGGGGAAAUUAUGAAGAAAACCUAUUAAAGUUAUUGAUGAUGUAUGCUGACUGUACAAAGAUUAUGCUUGUAAAACCUGUAUGGUUUUUCACACAGAAAAAAAAUCUACUGUCAUGGUUUUGUGAUUGUACACAGGAGGUAUUGAUAAAUUAUGCAAAUUGUGCUGUAAAAAUGGCUGUUGCCCCAUGUCUCAAUAUUAAAUAUCGGUUCAAACGGA